AUGACGAUGGACCAGCAAACAGGCCUCAUGUCCCUCAAUAUGUCCCCGUUUGAUCUGAGCCCAGGGCCUGAAGGGUCUGGUUCAGGUGGGGGUCCCUCAGGUGCCUCACAACAAUACGUGCCGCAAGGCGCCGCGUAUCAGUGCCCUCCUGAACAACAAUCUUUCGGAUAUGCAAACCUGGACACAUCCUAUCUAUUUCCAACAGGCGCUGGUGGCGAACCAGGCGCUUAUUUGCCAGCAGCCGGCACAGUUUGCGACCAAACCGACACUAAAGAUGUGAUCGAAGAACUUUGUCCCGUUUGCGGAGACAAAGUCAGCGGUUACCACUACGGGCUGCUAACGUGCGAGUCUUGUAAGGGAUUCUUCAAGAGGACCGUACAAAAUAAGAAGGUGUACACGUGUGUCGCUGAGCGAGCCUGCCACAUAGACAAAACACAGCGGAAGCGCUGCCCAUUUUGCCGCUUCCAAAAGUGCCUCGACGUUGGCAUGAAACUCGAAGCUGUUCGAGCUGAUCGCAUGCGAGGAGGUCGUAACAAGUUCGGUCCUAUGUACAAAAGAGAUCGUGCCCGCAAACUGCAAAUGAUGCGACAGAGGCAAAUCGCAGUGCAGACUUUACGUGGAUCUUUGGGAGACAGUGGUCUAGUGCUUGGCUUUGCCUCGCCUUACGCAGCGGUUCCAGUCAAGCAAGAGAUACAGAUCCCACAAGUAUCAUCUCUCACAUCAUCGCCAGAGUCUUCACCAGGCCCAGCUUUGCUGGGUGCGCAGCCGCAGCCGCCCCAGCCUCCGCCGCCACCCGCUCACGACAAGUGGGAAGCGCAUUCGCCACACUCCGCCUCCCCAGACGCAUUCGCGUUUGACGCACCAGCCACAGCAGCCGCAACGCCGUCGAGCACCGCCGAACCCACAAGCACUGAAUCCCUACGAGUCUCACCCAUGAUACGCGAAUUCGUACAAACUAUUGAUGACCGCGAGUGGCAGAAUUCGCUAUUUGGGCUCUUGCAGAGUCAGACUUACAAUCAGUGUGAGGUCGAUCUCUUCGAGUUAAUGUGCAAAGUAUUGGACCAAAACUUAUUUUCACAAGUGGAUUGGGCGAGAAACACCGUGUUCUUUAAGUAUUUAAAGGUCGACGAUCAGAUGAAGCUGUUGCAGCACUCGUGGUCUGACAUGUUGGUGUUAGAUCACCUUCACCAGCGAAUGCACAAUGGCUUGCCUGAUGAGACUACACUUCACAAUGGCCAGAAGUUUGACCUCCUCUGCCUGGGUCUCCUGGGUGUACCAUCGUUGGCUGACCACUUCAACGAGCUCCAGAACAAAUUAGCAGAGCUGAAAUUUGAUGUCCCAGACUACAUUUGCGUUAAAUUUUUACUUCUAUUAAACCCUGAAGUAAGAGGCAUCGUUAAUGUGAAGUGCGUCCGAGAUGGUUAUCAGACAGUUCAAGCUGCCCUCCUUGACUAUACGCUGUCCUGUUAUCCUACGAUACAGGACAAAUUCGGGAAACUAGUAAUGGUAGUUCCCGAAAUACAUGCGCUAGCCGCACGUGGCGAGGAGCACCUGUACCAGCGACACUGCGCUGGACAGGCACCUACACAGACUCUCCUCAUGGAAAUGCUGCACGCAAAACGCAAGCCGAACGGAGGUGAAAUGGUUAACCGGAAUGCCGAGCACACGUCGACACUUGACCGAUUGUGCGGAUUCCUGCCUAGCGACGCGAUUGAGCAACAAUCGCCAAUAUAG